CGAAGAAGCAGAAACCGGAAGCUGCUAGCAGAGCUAGCUUCUUGUUGUUCUGGUGUGUGAGGAGAAUAUUUGAGGCUCUGCAGUAAAAAUGUCUUCACUUCAGUCUCUGGGAGAGUUGAUCAGCUAAAGCGACUAACUGCUGCUGCUGCAGAAAUCUUCUCACCAGGCUGUGGAAACUUUCUUCUCCUCCUCAACAACUUGGUGGAGUUCUUUCCAGAACCGGAGAAGAUAUUCUGCGGUCUUCGUGACAAUCGGAGCUCCAGAAUCAGGUUGUGGAUUGAAGAGGUUCCCUCUAUCAGACUCGCUCAUCUGAGUCGGUCAUGAUGCAGGAUCGCUGCUCGCUCUCUGAUCCAUCCUGCUCACACUCUCCGACGGAAAAGCCCCGAAUCUGAAUGUGACUCUGGAGGAAAAAGCGGUUAGCUCUACUCCGUGAACUCUGCUGUUAGCUAAACACGGCUAAAGAAAACCUGCUACCACUUCAGGAUCUGGGACUGAUUCAUCGUGUGUUCUUCACCACCUGGACCUGGACAGCAUGGACACAGGUGUUCAACAGAUGCUGCUGGUAAAAGAAGAAGCUCCUGAAGAACAGGGUGCUGGUGUGGACCAGCAGGACCCAGAACGUCUUCACCUAAAAGAUGAAAAAGAGGAACUCUGGAUCAAUCUAGAGGUUGAGCCUCUCCAUUUGAAGGAGGAGACUGAUGCAGCCAGGUUUCCAUUGAUGUCAGUUUUUAUAAAGAGUGAGGAGGAUCAGCAGCAAAUAGAACACAUAGAUUUUCUAACCAGCAGCUCAGCUGACCAGAUGACAGCAGCAACUAGCGGAGGACCCACAGACCUUCAUGAACCUGAUUCCUCAGAGACUGAAGUUAGUGUAGGUGAAGAAGAGGAUGAUGAUAUGAAUCUUAACUCUGACCCUGUAAUUGGAGGCGGAGACAAUGACUGGAGAAGCAGUUCUUCUGAGACAGAUGUUAAGACUGUGAACAAAUCCUUUAGCUGCCCUGAAUGUGGUAAACAAUUUCUCCACAAGCAGUCUCUCCAAAAACAUGUGAGAGCAACAAAUCAUUCAGCAAUUAAGUCUUCAGGCUGUUUGGUUAAUAAGAAACGUGUUAGAGAGAAGAAACAUGUAGACGCAUGCAGGGAAGUCGAGACAAAACUAACAAUUAGCUGUAAUCACUGUGGAAAAAAGUUUAAGAGAAAUUACAAUUUAAACAGACACAUGAGUGUCCACACAGGACAGAAACCCUUUACAUGUGAGCUCUGUGGACAAAGAUUUAGCAAUAAGACAUAUUUAAACAGACACAUAGGUGUCCACACAGGACAGAAACCUUUUACCUGUGAGCUCUGUGGACACAGAUUUAUCCAAAAAGCAAGUUUAAACAGACACAUGACAGUCCACACGGGACUGAAGCCUUUUAUUUGUGAGUUUUGCGGACAACGGUUUAGUCAGAAGGCAAAUUUAAACACUCACAUGAGAAUCCACACAGGACAGAAACAUUUUACCUGUGAGAUCUGUGGACAAAAUUUUAGCCAAAAAGAACAUUUAAACUGUCAUAUGAAAGUCCACACAGAAUUGAAGCCUUUUGUUUGUGAGCUUUGUAGUAAAAGAUUUAGCAAAAAGACAAAUUUAAACAAACACAUGAGAGUCCACACAGGACAGAAGCCUUUUGUCUGUGAACUCUGUGGAAAAAUGUUUAGGAGAAAAUCUAAUUUAAACAGACACAUGAGUGUCCACACAGAACAAAAACCUUUUGCCUGUGAGCUCUGUGGUCAAAAAUUUAGCAAUAAGACAUAUUUAAACAGUCAUGCGAGAGUCCACACAGGACAGAAACCUUUUAUCUGUGUGCUCUGUGGUCAAAAAUUUAGCCAAAAAGCUAAUUUAAACAGACAUACGAGAGUCCACUCAGGACUGAAACCUUUUGUUUGUGAGCUUUGCGGACAACGGUUUAGUCAGAAGGCAAAUUUAAACACUCACAUGAGAAUCCACACAGGACAGAAACAUUUUACCUGUGAGCUCUGUGGAAAAAAAUUUAGCCAAAAGGCAAGUUUAAACAACCACAUGAGAGCCCACACAGGACAGAAACCCUUUACCUGUGAGCACUGUGGACAAAAAUUCAUCCAAAAAGAAAAUUUAAACUGUCAUAUGAGAGUCCACACUGGAUGGAAGCCUUUUGUUUGUGAGCUUUGCGGUAAAAGAUAUAGCAGAAAGAGAUGUUUACUCAAACACACGAGAGUCCACACAGGACAGAAGCCGUUUGUUUGUGAGUAGGGAUGUGCCGAUCAGUGUUUUUGCCGCUUAUCACCGAUACCGAUUUCCAGAAGUCUUGUUCACCAAUACCAACCACAUGGAUGGCCAUAAAUGUUCUGGGAAUAAAGGACCGAUGACAUCACCUAAAAUAGCCUGAAUUAAUUUAGACAAAAACUGGAUUUUAUUUUAAAAAGGCUUGCAGCACAAUUGUGUUUUUGGCCACAACUACUAAGUCUCCUGCUCACAACUCAAGGUUUAAAAAUGAAGAUGUCUCUAGGAUUAGAGGUAAAACAGCUUCAGGAUAACCAGAAAAGUCAAGCAGUUUUAUGUCCAGGUUGACUAAGAAUCUACACAUACAUGCUGAACCACGAAGCAUCGCAAUGAAAAGAGAAACUAAAAAUCUUAAAUGUAACUGCUAUCAGUAACAGUCUAACAGAUUUACUGACAAAUAGUUUGCAGUUGUGCCUCCCACUUUUUAAGGGGCCAAAAGCAAUGGGACAAUUGGCUUCUCAGCUGUUCCAUGGCCAGGUGUGUGAUAUUCCCUCAUUAUCCUAAAAAUAACGUGCAGAUUAAAGGUCCAGAGUUAAUUUCAGGAUUGCUAUUUACAUUUGGAAUCUGUUGCUGUCAACUCUUAAGAUAAGAUCCAAAGCAAACCAUCAUUAGGCUGAAAAAAUAAAACAAACCCAUGAGAGAGAUAGCUAAAACAGUAGGCGUGGCCCAACACCAAAAGGCCCAGAAGACCACAGGUAACAAUUAUGGUGGGUGACAAAAGAAUUUUACCUGGUGAAGAAAACACCCUUCGCUUCAACAGUUGGCCAGAUCAAGAACACUCUCCAGGAGCUAGGUGUAUGUGUGUCAAAGUCAACCAUCAAGAGAAGACUUCACCAGAGUGCUUAAAGAGGGUUCAUUGCAAAAUGUAAACCAUUGGUAAGUCUCAAGAACAGGAAGGCCAGAUUAGAGUUUGCCAAUCUUGGAACAUCUUAUGGACAGAUGAGACCAAGAUCAACUCGUACCAGAGUGAUGGGAAGAGAAGAGUAUGGAGAAGGAAAGGAACUGAUCCUAAACAUCAUCUCAUCAGUGAAACAUGGUGGCAGUGUCAUGAUGUGGGCAUGAAUGGCUGCUAAUGGAACUUGUUCUCUUGUAUUCGUUGACGAUGUGACUGCUGACAAUAAGAUUAAAAUAUAUUUUUUUAAAUCUCAAUAAUUUGAAUUAUGGUAUUGUAUUAUGUAAACAUUACCUCUUAAAUAAAGUGUUAUAUUAACACGUUUUACAAGAAGAAUGAAAACUAUGUUAAAAUAUUGAGUUUAGAUUUGUACAUAACAUUCUGGUUUUUCACAAUUUUGUUUUCAGAUUACAUAAUUGUCUAGUAUUUAUU